AUGGUCAAGUACGUGCUCACCGGCGCCGACGGCAACCUGGGUGGCUUCGCGGCCGACUACGUCGCUGAGAUCAAGAACGACAACGACGAGAUCGUCUUCACCAGCUACAAGAUCGACAGCGUCCCGGCCGAGAAGAAGGCAGCGUGGGAGGCCAAGGGCAUCACGGUCGUGCCGGCCACCUACGACGACGUGGACACCCUCAAGAAGGUGUUCGAGGGCGCGGAGGCCGUGGCCUUCAUCUCCACGUGGCUCAUCGGCGACAGCCGCCGCAACCAGGCCAAAAACGUCAUCCAGGCCGCCAAGGAGACCGGCGUCAACCGCAUCUGCUACACGUCCUUCGUGGGCGCUGGCUCGGACAAGCCCAACGACCAGGUGCCGUUCCUGCCGCGCGACCACCACUUCAUCGAGCACGAGAUCUACAACUCGGGCCUGGACUACAACAUCCAGCGCAACUGGUUGUACCAGAACAACAUCCCGCAGUUCUUCGCGCAGUCGUGGCACUUCACCGAGGACCGCUGGCUCAUCAACAGCCACGGCGUCCCCGGAGCCUAUGUGGCUCGCGAAGACUGUGGCCGCGUGUUCGGCGCUCUGCUGCUCGGCAAGCAGGAGAAGAACACUGUUGUGGAUGUGACUGGCCCGGAGCCAGUGCUCGACCAGGACAUCUUCGAGUGGAUGAACUCCCACAGCGGCUACAAGGGCGAGUUCGUCGACAUGCCCGACGAGGAGCUGCGCGCCUACUGGCUCGGCCGCGGCCUGCCCACCGACCUGUACGGCGACUUCUCCAAGCUGCCCAUGAAGCUGUGCAUCGGCGACCUGCUGUGCUGCGGUGAGACUCUGGCCAACGGCUCGAUGAACAAGGUGACGGACACGGUGGAGCGUCUGACCGGCCGCAAGCCGCUCGGUUUCAAGGAGAACCUGCUCCAGUACAAGGAGAUUUUUCCCAAGAACCAGUAA